AUGUCUCACUACACCAACAAAAGCCAAGCAACCGUUCAUGAUAAGAAUGGUUUACCAGUCUACGGUUUAGACAAGGAAUUAGCCAAAAAACAAGCAGGAAAACACGAUCCACAGAAAGAAAAAGAAGUCAGACAAUGGAUCGAAGCAGUCACUGGCACCAAAUUCUCCUCCAACGACUUUCAAGAAUCACUCAAAGAUGGCGUUUUAUUGUGUAAACUUGCCAACAAGAUUAAACCAGGAAUUGUGAAAACCAUCAACUCUGGUAAGAUGCCAUUCAUGUGUAUGGAGAAUAUUGGUUAUUUCUUGAAGGCAGCUGCAGAAUUAGGUUUAGAUACUCAUAACACAUUUAUGAGUGUUGAUUUAUAUGAGGGAAAAAACAUUCCACUCGUAAUUAUGGCCUUAUAUAGUUUUGGAUCAGUUGUUCAGAAGAGAGUUGGAUAUAAUUUACCUACUUUGGGAUUGAAGAUUUCUGAUAAGAAGGAAAUUGAAUUUACUGAAAGACAAUUGAGACAAGCAAAUGCUGAAGUUGGUCAACAAUUUGGAGCUGCUUCAGUUAAACAUGAUACUGGAAGAUCAAUCUCAAAGGAGGUUGUUAAAGUGAAUAACACUGGUGAUUCAAGAGUUUUCUCACAACAAACAGGAGGAUCUGUCAAACACGACACUGGUCGUUCCAUUUCACAUGAAGUUGUAAAGGUAAAUAAUACUGGAGAUUCUAGAGUCUUCUCUCAACAAACUGGUGGGUCAAUCAAGCACGACACUGGUCGUUCCAUCUCGAAUGAAGUUGUUAAAAUCAAACCAUCAACUUCAACAUCAAGCAAAUCAAGUUCUGGAUCAAAUUUGGAUGAAUUGGAAAAGCUUGGUAAUUUAAGAGACAAGGGAAUUAUCACUGAAAGAGAAUUCCAACUCAAGAAGAAACAACUUUUAGGAUUGUAA